CUCGCGAGAGCGGCGGGCGCUCGCCCGGUGCCGCUGGCAGGCAGCGCGGCCGCCGUCGCCUCACGCCGCCCCCCCUGUUGGCGGCAGCGCGCCUUCUUCCCUUCGCCCUGCGGCCCGCCGCCAGUUGACAGCGGGGCGGGCCGGUCGGGGCUUCACCCCCGGCACCGGGCGCUACCGGAGCUGCCGGUCAUGAGUGAGUGAAAUGAGUUGCACAAUUGAAAAAGCCUUAGCAGAUGCAAAGGCACUGGUGGAACGGCUAAGGGAACAUGACAACGCAGCAGAAGCUCUUAUUGAACAGACUACAGCUCUUAAUAAGCGGGUUGAAGCAAUGAAACAGUACCAAGAAGAAAUUCAAGAGCUCAAUGAAGUAGCAAGACAUCGCCCUCGAUCUACAUUAGUGAUGGGUAUCCAACAAGAAAACAGACAGAUUAGGGAAUUGCAACAGGAAAAUAAAGAACUACGCACAUCUCUUGAAGAACAUCAGUCUGCUUUGGAACUGAUAAUGAGCAAGUACAGAGAACAGAUGUUUAGGCUGCUUAUGGCAAGCAAAAAGGAUGACCCAAGUAUAAUAAUGAAGUUAAAAGAGCAACAUUCCAAGGAGCUGCAAGUGCAUGUGGACCAAAUUACAGAAAUGGCAGCAGUAAUGAGAAAAGCUAUUGAAAUUGAUGAAAAGCAUGGCUGCAAAGAGCAGGAACGUAUCAUUCAGCUUGAGCAAGAAAACAAAGGCUUGAGAGAAAUUCUUCAAAUAACUAGAGAAUCAUUUCUGAACCUUAAGAAGGAAGAUGCGUCAGAGAGCACAUCUCUGUCAGGAUUAGUGACAAACAGCGAUUUGAGCCUGAGGAAAAGCUAAAGACUCUGGAAGUCAACAAGCUUCAAUUGCACACUUUACAAAUGGAGUAUCAGGGGUCACUUGUCAAGCACUUGUUACUGAAUAGGGCACCAGCAAGCUAAUGCAUCUUAAGCUCCAGUUUAGCAGCUUUUAUACUGUGUAAAACUGAAUUAAAAUUGGUAUUCUACAAAAACCUUAGUGACAGAUUAAUUGCCAUAGAUCUAACUUCAGUAGGAAAUGGAUUAAUGCACUUAAACUGAAUUGGGAAUUCUUUUUAUAUGAAAUUAUUUUACAGAUAAUAGACAAGGAUUUCACAUAAUUUAUAUAAAAAAUAUUGCUUAUACAAAGUUUCAGUGCACCUAUUACAUAAUAAAGGUAAGAUUUAAAGUCUGAUCUCUGGUUAAAAAGUAGUAACUUGUGAAUAUGCUUUGUGCAUGAUCCGCAUUACAUUUUUUUUCUUUUAAUUAGUUUUCUCAUUUUGCACAAACCUGUUUAAUAGAAAGGGUACAUAGUUCAGCAUAAACCAUAAGGAUUUCUAUUAUUUGAACAGGAUACUCUGUGGCUAAAUACAUGGCCAAUUGCUUAAACAUGAGCAGUGUUUUUGCAGUUGUUCAGUAUUUAUUUUUUUUCAGUUGAACAAGAUUCUUUAGAUAUACCUAGUUGUAUUUUCAGAACAGGAGAAGAGCUGCUCCCACUUUGUUUUCUGGAACACAGGUAGCAUAGUAUAAUUCUGCCUUAACUUUUACUUUUAUGAGAGAAAAAACCCCACUCAGUUCUCUAUAGGUCAGAGGCCACCUUAGUCCCAUCUGUUUCUGCUCCUUGUCUGCCCAAACUUCCUAACUGGGGAAUGCAAAUUGAAAGCACUCAAGCAGUAGCAGCAGGAAGGUAGUCAGGGGAAGGAGGGAGAAGCUCCAUAGCCAAGUUGGCAGCCUGCAAUCAAUAUUCUUGAUUUUUGUUAAGUACUAAAUAUUCAUCAGGAAGGAUUUUAAGUAAGUUUCAGGCAUAUAUUAUGUUUGCAGUAGAAAAUAUUUCAGUAUGCUAUACUGACAAAUAGACUGCUCACUUGUAAUCCCCAAAUACUUGCAAAUGUGAAAAGGAAUUGGCUUUUCUAGAUCAAAGUACUGUUUAUAUCAUAUGCAGAUAUGAUGGAAGUGCUACACAAGACAUGCUUGUAGUAAAGAGGUACCAAAAUAACAUUUGGCUUUUGUUUAUCAGACUAUCGCUUUUUGAUCAAGGCAGCAAGAACAUUCUGGUAUUGAUAUGCAUCACUGCUUUUUGUCCAGCACCUUAACAUAUUCCUUACUUGGGAAAGCAUGCUUGAAAGAAGCAGAGUGAAUGCUUUCAACCACAGAAAACUGUGGAUCUACAAAUGCCACCCACAGUAGAAUAUUUUAACUCUUCAAUAACUCACCUAGCAAAACGAGUUUAACUCCUAUUUCUGAAAUGAACUAUUACUUAACAAAUUUGAUUUUCAGUUACAACAAUACAAAAAGAAUUCAGCACCAAGCACUUGCAAGUGUGUCAGUUUUAAAUCCAACUUCCUUUGACUCAGUACAGCUUCCCUGGGCUCAAGGUAAACACGCUGCACAGUUAAGGAUGAAUUUUCAGUGCCCAGUAAACUAAUGGAUAAAGGGCUUAAUGUUUUUAUUCUGUUGCUGUCAGUUGCUGCUCCCCUUCCUGUAGUACUUUUAAGAGAAAAAAGUGGUAGGAAAGGAGUGCUUUGCAGAGACAAAUUAUUAGUUUUCAAUUAACUAAUACAUAUGCUAGUAAAUACAGUUGAAAGGACAGACAAAUCAAACUCUCCAAAUUUUCACAACACUUUUUAUAAAUUUAGAAAGUACUACUCUUUCCAGAGCAUCUUAUCUUGUUUCCAGGCUUGAGAAUAUAUUGAGGACAUUCACAUGCAUGGAGGAAAAGUUCAAACCAUUUCCAAACUUGCUAAACACCUGGAAGGAAUUUUUGGGGGAACAUUUUAGCUCAAGCACAAAAGAGUUUUCUGUUAUUAUUAUACCGGUAAAACCUUACUAAUGCUUCUAUAAUUUAGAUUUUGCAUUUCUACUGUAGCUUAUGAGCUGGUGACUUAUCAGAAGCAACAUAAAUUUUUAAUCGAGUGUUCUGUUGUACAGAUUUAUGAGAAAUUUUGGGUGCAAUUAAGUUAUUCUUAUUUGAAGUGUCUUUUCAGCCAUUGACUGGUAUCAGAGGCAUUUAUAUCUAUUUAAUGCUGAAUGCAGUUUCAUGGCUGACUUUCUGGUUUGUCUUUCAAAUAGUCUCCAGAGUUGUAUAGCAGAGAAGGGUUGUUAGUCUGUGGCAGUUCCUUAAGGUUGCUCUAUUAUGAAAUAAUGCUUGAUUAGUGUUUAUUUUUGUAAAUUAUAAAAUGUGACUUAAUUUAUGUACUCCUAGUCUUCACAUUUGAUAAGUCUCCCCUUUCAUUCCCCUGACCUGAUCACUUUAGGAUUUUGAAGAACCUUCACCGUGUGUGGAGUGACUAUUUUUCAUUGCAUACCUGUUAUUUUUGUAAUGCAGAUGGCUUGAAAAGAAUUUAUGGCUAGAGUUGUGUACUGUACAGUAAACUUAUUUUAUCAAUAAAGUUGACUGAAAAUGUG